GCAAGGAUGCUUCGUGAGAGGCAGUUGUCGAUGUGUGCAGAGGCUCCCUGGUUCGAUGCGAGAGGAGGGACAGAAACAUUACUCUUUUCAGAGGCGAAUUUGCUCUGGCAGCCAAAACAGCCAAAUACUCCAUCCACACACAGGUGUUUGGAGACGCAGAUAUAGCUAAUUAGCACAGGUUGGUGCAUGCGCAUUUACCACUGGGAAUUACAGCGAGUUACGUACCGACCCGUGCUGUGUUGGAGUUUGACGUGGCACUCUACUUUGACUAUCAGGAAUUCGUAGAGAAGAGGACUCGGCAGGUACUCCCCAGAAUACAGAUUGUUGGAUCUCUGCCAUUUUGUAAUGAGAAGACCUUAACAGCACAGGAUGAGUCAGCAGGGUUAUGUUGCCACACCUCCCUAUUCCCAGGCCCAGCCUGGGAUGGGGGGAUACCCAGCCGGGUUUGGGAGCGCGCCUGCCCAGCCCCUCUAUAGACACUAUGGGGGACCACCUCAAUCAUUCCCCGCCCCACCAACAGGUAUGAUGAAGCCUGUGUCGUCCCCUUCCGGCAUGCCUCCACCACAGGUCCCCAGCCAUUACGGCUCAAACGGCCAGCAGAACGGAGCUCACCCUCAAAGCUACCCCGCCCCUCCGUAUGGACAGCCACUUCAGUCCCCCUAUCACAGCAUGGCCCACCAGGGCCCGCCCCCAGCACAGCAGCUCACCAAUCAGAUGGGUGCCAUGAACCUCGGAUAUGGUCCAGGGCCCGUGCAGAGCCCUCAAGCACCUCCCACCUCUCACCUAACCCAGCAGCAAUUCCAGACUGCCCCUCCCACAGCCAUGGGACAUCCACCCAUGGGCCCCCACUCGUCUCAGAUGGCUCACCCACAAUCACCCCUAGCUGGUCCAACUAUGGCAGGGCCCCCAUCUAUGGGUGGCCCCCCACCCAUGGGAGGCAUGGGUAGGCCCUUCCCUGGCCCACCCCCUCCAGGUGCUGGGGGCUUCCAGCAGCCUGGGCCUGGAGCUGCCGGACCACCAGGACAUCCUCAGCAACUACAAGGUCAAUUUGGGGGGCAGAUGGCGGGACCUGGGAUGGCGGGACCUGGGAUGGCGGGACCUGGGAUGGCGGGACCCGGGAUGGCGGGACCCGGGAUGGCGGGACCCUUCCAAGGUGGGGCAGCACAAAUGGCCGGCCCACCUCAGAAAAAGCUGGAUCCUGACUCCAUCCCUAGCACAACACAAGUCAUAGAGGACGACCAAGCCAAACGAGGGGGACAGGUGUACACUACGAACCUCAGGGGCCAGGUGCCCCCGCUGGUCACCACUGACUAUACAGUACAGGACCAAGGAAACGCCAGCCCAAGGUUCAUGCGUUGCACCACAUACUCUUUCCCCUGCACGGCUGACCUGGCUAAGCAGUGCCAAGUUCCCCUGGCCACCAUCAUCAAACCCUUCGCCACAGUGCCAAAGAAUGAGACUCCUAUGUACGUCGUGAACCAUGGUGAGACUGGCCCAAUCCGCUGUAACCGCUGCAAGGCCUACAUGUGUCCCUACAUGCAGUUCACGGACGGUGGCCGCCGCUACCAGUGUGGCUUCUGCAACUGCGUCAACGAAGUGCCAGCCUUUUAUUUCCAACACCUGGACCACAUGGGCAAAAGGGUGGACUUCUACGAGAGGCCAGAGCUGUCACUGGGGUCCUACGAGUUCGCCGCCACCCUGGAUUAUUGCAAGAACAACAAGCCAGCCAGUCCUCCAGCGUACAUCUUCAUGAUCGACGUGUCCUAUGCCAACAUCAAGAGCGGACUGGUCAGACUGGUGUGUGAUGAGCUGAAGACCCUGCUAGACAACCUGCCCAGAGAGGAUGGUGCUGAGAGCUCGAUGUUGAAGGUGGGCUUCGUCACCUACAACAAGAUCCUACAUUUCUACAACGUGAAGAGUGCCCUGGCCCAGCCCCAGAUGAUGGUAGUAUCCGACACGGCAGAGAUGUUCGUCCCACUGCUCGAUGGCUUCCUUGUCAACUUCCAGGAGUCGCGGGCAGUCAUCAACAAUCUCCUGGACCAGAUCCCUGACAUGUUUGCCGACACCAAUGAGAGCGAGACGGUCUUUGCCCCAGUCAUCCAGGCUGGGGUAGAGGCACUGAAGGCAGCCGAAUGCAGCGGCAAGCUGUUCAUCUUCCACUCCUCCAUCCCCACCGCCGAGGCCCCUGGGAAACUGAAGAACAGGGACGACAAGAAGUUGAUAAACACAGAGAAGGAAAAGACUCUGUUCCAGCCGCAGAAGGCUGUCUAUGAGCAGCUGUCCAAGGACUGUGUGUCUCAAGGCUGCAGCGUGGACCUCUUCCUCUUCCCCAGCCAGUACGUGGACAUCGCCACCAUGGGAGACGUUGCCACACACACAGGAGGCUCCGUCUUCAAAUACAGCAACUUCCAGGUGGAGAGGGAUGGACAGCAUUUCCUGAGUGACCUGAGGAAGGAUGUGGAGAAGGCCAUCGGGUUUGAUGCCAUCAUGAGAGUCCGCACCAGCACAGGCUUCAGGGCUACAGACUUCUUUGGUGCCAUCCACAUGAACAACACCACAGACGUGGAGAUGGCUGCCGUGGACUGUGACAAGGCUGUGACGGUGGAGUUCAAACACGAUGACACACUUAGCGAGGAGACGGGCGCUCUCAUGCAGUGUGCAUUGCUUUACACGACCAUCAGCGGCCAGCGGCGUCUGCGGAUCCACAACCUCAGUCUGAACUGCAGCGCCCAGCUGUCUGAGCUCUACAAGAGCUGUGAGACGGACGCCCUCGUCAACUUCUUCGCCAAGUCAGCAUACCGUGCCAUGCUGAACCAGCCCCUGAAGACGGUGAAGGAGAUCCUGGUCAACCAGGCGGCCCACAUGCUGGCCUGCUACAGGAAAAACUGUGCCAGUCCCUCCGCUGCCAGCCAGCUGAUCCUGCCUGAUGCCAUGAAGGUGUUCCCAGUCUACUUAAACAGCCUGUUGAAGACUGGUCCCCUGGUGGGCAGCGCUGAGCUCUCUACAGACGACAGGGCUCACCAGAGACUCAGCACCACAGCCAUGGGGGUGGAGGAUACCCAGCUGCUGCUCUAUCCACGCCUUAUCCCACUGCACAACAUGGACGUUGCCAGUGACGUGGUGCCAACUCCGGUGCGCUGCUCUGAAGAGCGCCUGACAGACGCCGGCAUGUUCCUGCUGGAGAAUGGGUGCUCCCUCUUCCUGUGGCUGGGCCAGGCCUGCCCCCCAGAGAUGAUCCAGAGCAUCUUCAACGUGCCCUCCCUCGCCCAUGUGCCCGUUGACCUGAGGUCCCUACCAGAGCUGGAUAACCCCCAGUCUCAGAAGUUGCGCUCCAUCGUUGACUCCUUGCUUGACCAGAGGCCCAGCUCCAUGAAGCUCAUGAUUGUGAAGCAGAAGGACCGGUCUGAGAUUUUGUUCCGCCAGCACCUGGUAGAGGACAAGGGGCUCCACGGUGGAGCCUCCUACAUGGACUUCCUGUGCUAUGUCCACCGUGAGAUCAGACAAGUCCUCACUUAACACCACCCACUGUGGAUAUCACCUAGCUGGGCUAGGACCAAAACAACCAGAGGACCACACCACCUCUGACUCCAGAGCUGCCUUUCCAACACCCCUUUAUUCCACACAAACCUAUGGGGCUACUGCUCGCUCUUUGUCAGUAUACCAGGAUCUGUGCUCCAGUCUGCAUUGUACAUUUUCGUGUACUUGUACGUGUCAGUCUGACUGCUUUGUCUGUUGAAUUUAUGUACAUUAACAAUUUAACUGAUUUCUAUGUAAAUGGGCCAAUGAUGGUAAAAUGAAUUUUGUGGUGUCCAGAACAUCAGGACCACAGGGUUGGCUACAUUUGUAGCCAAUGUUUCACUAUUGAUCAAACCAAAUUUAAAUUAUUUUGUGUUUUUCUGGUGCGAUUUAAAUUGCCAACAUCUGUUUUAAGCACAUAUGCAUUCUUUCCAAAAUUGUAGGUUUGUCACAAUUUCUCAUUAUUAAGGAAUAGUUUUGACAAUGUCACAGCACCAAAUGGUAAUUUAGCUACAUGGACUGGAAUAAACAUCUGGUUGUAAUGACUGAACACUGGUGCCGUGGCUAUUAAAUUAAUGAUUCACUCCACCAUUUGUGAUUGGAUCCAUUAUUUUUGCCAUUCCCCUCAGGAAUGUAGAGGAUGUGCUAGCAAGAUAAUUCAUACAAGGCUGAUUCCAGUGACAACUCACUGCUGUAAAAAAGGAGAAAUAACCAAAAUCAAUUUAUCCGUAAAGAUGCAAUUAAACAUUCCACACUUAAUUCAUUCCAGUUAUAGAACUAUAUGCCGUUUUGUUUUUAUCAAGUUAUUGCCGUUAUUCAUUUUAAUAUUAUGUCAAGAAUUGUGCUCUGCGAACCAAUGGUUGUGUUAGUAUGCGACGUGGAGGUUUUGGGGGAACUGUUCCUGUGCCAGUUAACCGUCUGCCUUAAUUCAAUUGUUUUUAUGGUAGUAAAUACUAGAGGCCAUUAUUCUAUUCCAGUGUGAUAUAGAUUGCAUACAAACCAAAUAGAUUGAAAACAUCUCAGGUAAUUUGUGUACCUAACAAUUGUGGUGCAGCGCUGGAACACAGGGGCGUUACUGUUUUAACUGGAAAGACAGAAGUGUGGCUGGAAUGGAUGUGUUUGAGGGAAGGGCCUUGGAGUGGUGUGCCAUGUACAUUUUGAUCUAAAAAAUCUCUUGUUUUUGAUUAAAUUCCUGACUAUAUCAAGA